AAAAGUGAUGGUGCAGAUUUCGCAUCUUCUGGCAGGCACGAUUUCAGCCGUGGGAUGUGGGCGGGUGUUACCUCAUCCACUCACUCCAUGUUUCUUCUCUUCGGCAAACGAUCAUGUCAUCAUGUGUACUAACAAACACUAACUAGCAUGCUAAUCAAGUCGCCAUCAGCAAGUAAUGUUAAAAGGCUAUCGGGUCAAGGAAGAUCAUCUUGGCCAAUGAAGGAAUGAUGAUUCACCUUACUAUUCACUCGUCGCGAAAAGCUAAGAACAUGAUGUCGACUGAAAAGGAUUAG